AUGACCGAAGUGAUUGAUGCGAAUGAGUAUCUCAUCGAAUUCCUCGCGUCAAUUGAUAACCUUCCAUCCGAAAUCAAACAUCAUUCAUUCGAAUUAAAGUCGAAAGAAGACGAAAUCAAAGAACUUCUUCGAAACAUUUCUGCUCGAGAACGACGAUUGUUUGCUCUUCUCGAUGGUAUACCUCUGGACUCAUUGUCUUCAUCGUCGUCAUCAGAAAAUGAGUAUUCAUCGGAUAGUGAAUAUCGUAGACCAAGGAAGCGUCGAAUGCUCUUUGCCGAUGAAAAUGAGGAAGAGCUGGUUAGAAAGAUUAAAGCUGAUUAUUCAAGAGCAGAAAAAUUGCAAGAUGAAAAGGUGACGAUUGCAGAAAAGAUGGUUGGACUGGUAGAAAGACAUGUUAAUAGAAUGGAUGAGGACUUUGAGGUGCUAUUCCCACAAUAUCAUUUGAAAGAUUCUGUAAUUGCACCGGAAGAGAACCUUGAGACUGACCUCGGAAUUAGUAUGUUUGAUCCGUUGCAAGAACUGCCUACCGAGACAGAAGAAAGUCAUUUCGCACCUCAGUCAUCGACAGCACAACAUCAAUUACGUCAAAACCGUGGUGGCAGACGACGUGCUGCUCUCGAGUCACGUCGACGCAACCCUCGCAUUCCGUUGGUACGUUAUUCAUCUUCAGUUACCUCUGCAUCAACGACACCUGCACCUGGUCGUAUUGACCUGCGGACAAGUUCUCCGGUGAUAGAAGAGAAUCUAACAUCAGAUGACGCUGCGUCUAAAAAUGGUAUAGUUCAGCCCGAUGGUCAGGUCGAUCCGAAUGAACCCAAGUACUGUUACUGCGACAGAGUAAGCUUUGGCGAGAUGAUAGCAUGCGACGGAGAGAAUUGUCCGUAUGAGUGGUUUCAUUUGAGUUGUCUAGGAUUAACUGGAGUGCCGAAAGGCCGUUGGUAUUGUGAAGUCUGCGAUGAAUCAGGUACAGGAAAUGCACCACGGAAGAGGAAGAGAGGACGACCUAUUGGGUCUACUAACAAAUCACAGACGAAUUUAGAAGUCCCUAAUCAAGAUUCAUCAUCAAUCUCGCACAACAGAUCACCCAACGACGCAAUGACGCACUCGGCGACAAAGAAAUUAUCUCGGUCGUCAUCAAGGACUUCGACGCCAAGCGAAUCGCAAUCUGAAAGCGUAUCCGAUGAAAGUGAUAGAUCCGGUGAAUUAUAG